AUGAUGCAAGCCAGCAAGAAGAUUCCCUUCGAGGAUCCGAUGGUCCUGAUGGGAGUUCGCGGCCUGUACAUCUUCAGCAACGUCCUCAUCCUGGGCAUCUACCUCUACGUCAAGGCGCAAAUCGACAGGAAGCGCGACAUGACCGUUCUCAAAUACGUCGAGCCCGCCCCAAUGGGCAGCACCGAAGAGCCCAAAGCCGUCACCACCACCGUCCACGCCUACGACCAGCAGCAACUCAAAGCCCUCUUCAAGUCGCAGCUCAUGGGCGUCGGCAUGAUGUGCGUGAUGCACCUGUACUUCAAAUACACCAACCCGCUCCUGAUCCAGUCGAUCAUCCCGCUCAAGGGCGCCUUCGAGGGAAACUUGGUCAAGGUGCACUUGUUGGGCAAGCCGGCGAGCGGCGAUCUCAAGCGCCCGUGGAAGGCCGCUGGUGGCAUGAUGGGUGCUAUGCAGGGUGCGGGGGAGAUCAAGACGGAUAAGAAGAGCAUCGAGGCUGCGGAGAAGGCUGGUCGUGGUGGUGCUAAGGAGGAGUAA